UCUUGCAGGGUACCAGUGUGUGGUGUUUGCAACUUUCUCACGUCCCCUCGGGAAUCCAUUCGCCUCCCAAGCCAUAAGUCGCGCUAUUGAUUCAUCGCCAGACCAGGACAUGACCUUUGGCUCUAAAAAGAGGAUUCCAUUUUUCAUGAUAAAAUGGCAGUGGUGAAAACCCCCAGCAGAGGACUGAAAAAUGCUAAAGAACCCUUUAAUAAUGCAUCGCCCCACCUCUUGAAGAACCUAGUGGAGGAGCCCAAGAAGAGAAGAGAAGUACCUAAUCACCUCCUGGAAUCAAAAGUUUAUGCGAAACUUGUAAAAAAUAAGGUCAUACAGGCAAAACCUGGCAUAAUACAUUUUGGAGGCUAUCAAGUAGAAAAACAACACCAACAGAUUCUGCACCUGAUCAAUAUUUCCAAUGAAGACACAAGUGUUCAUGUUUUACCCCCGCAAACCAAAUACUUUGAGAUCGAUUAUGUAAGAAAGGAACACCGCCUGGUCCCUGGCUUGUCCCUCACGGUCACCGUUACAUUUUCUCCAGAUGAGUGGCGAUACUACUAUGACUGCAUCCGCAUUCACUGUAAGGGAGAUGACACUUUGCUCAUUCCUAUUCAUGCUUAUCCAGUCAUGAACUCACUGGACUUUCCUUCAUUUAUAAAUCUGUCAAAUGUUCUACUUGGUGAAAGCAAAACUUAUGUUAUUCCUUUGCAGUGCAGCUGUCCUGUAGAUUUUGAGUUCCAUAUCACUUUGAUUCAGUCUCAUCAAGCCUUUGCUAUUGAGCCAACAUCAGGAAUAAUUCCAGCUGAUGGGAAGAAGACUGUCACUGUUACGUUUACACCCUUUCAGUAUGGGACUGCACAAAUCAAAAUGCAGUUAUGGAUUUCACAGUUCAACUCUCAACCGUACGAAUGUGUCUUCACCGGAACAUGCUAUCCCAACAUGGCCUUACCAUUAGAAGAGUUUGAAAGGUUGAAUACUCUUUCUAAAAAAAUAAACGUUCCUCCAGAAAAAGCAAUGCCGCAUAUAUAUUUUCACCGACGACCGCCAGUGAAGCCGAAGCUUCAGAAGGUGAAGGAAAUUGAGUACCAGAACCUGAGAUUUCCAGUAGAUUUAUCGAAUCCGUUUGCCGUGGCAACUGUUUUAAACCAAGAACCAGGAAAACUGAAGAUUAAAGAAUUAAGAGAAGUUUUGGAUCAAGGCACUGAAAUUUCAAAAACAAGACAGAUGAAGGAGGCACUCUUUGAACAGAAAGUCAGACAGGACAUUCAUGAAGAGAUGGAAAAUCAUCUUAAGUGGCAGGUGCACCUUGGUAAAGAUCCUAUGUCUUUUAAACUUAAAAAAGAGCUUACUGAGGAGUGGCAAAGAGCAUGCGCCAAAUAUAAGGUAGAUAGAGGAGAUCCUAUUUCGGAUGAGGAAUUUCAGCGACUUAAAACAGAAGUUAGCCAGAAACGGGUCAUUCGCAAUCGAGAAGAGAAAAUCAAGGAAUUUCAUCCUAAUUUUGAUCCACUCAUUAAUAACACUUGGCUCAGCAGAUCCAGGGCACAAAGACGCUUUCAACAAGUAGCACGCAAGGUCAUGAUUCAGGGACGAUUAUUCAAUAUGCUGAGUGCUGUUCGUGAAAUGGACAAAGAGAGUGUCCUGAGAAAGAUCGACCAAGCAAAACAAUCAAUGGCACAAGAGACAAAUUUCUUCAAAUUCUUCCUGCGGCGAAUUAGUCAGGAUGAUUAUGCCACCCGGUUCUCUGUGUCACCCAAGGAGGUGCUGCCCUUCGCUUUCCCAGACUGCAGUCCACCCCAGGACUCCAAGGAGUUGGCUCCUGAUGGCCUUGGACUGGUCCCAAUUAAGUCUUCAGAAGUUCAAAUCAAGCAGAGUUAUCCCUUCUUCAAUCUGCAGGUUCCUCAACUGUACAAAAUUAAAAGAUAUCAGCCGUUCUCUGUCCACAAGUCUUCAACAAGUUACAGACCUCAAAAGCUUGCCCGAGCCCUAAGGCAAGGAGCUGAGGAUGAAGUCACCACCAUCAUAGCCCUUCCAAAACAGGACUCUACAUCUCAGCUCUCUGACAAGACCUCAAUCUUGAGCAUGAAGCCACCUGAGGCCUUAGCCACAUCCCUAGAUUAUGAUCCACUGUAUGUUUUUAAUCCCAACCCAGGAUUAUUUGCAGUAAUGCAUCCUCUGACCUACGCAGAAACGUUGAUAGAUUACCACCUAUGCUCUCACCCCAAGUACAAAUUCACCAAAGAGUCUCACCACGGGUCCAGCAUCCCCGUCACCCAAAAGCAGUUUCUCCAUCACACGGACAUUAUUCCCGGAAUCAUGCACUGGAAAAGCUUCCAGUCCCUGGUUCUCUCCUCCCUGCCGGACCCCUUCAAGAGAGAGACCACAAAGAGCUGCGACUCCUUCAAUUCAUUUAUGCUUCCGAUAGAAGUCCCUGCCAUUCUUGAUGCCUUACCAGAAGAAGACAGACUAGAAACAGUUGAAAGUGAGCUCUGUGAGCAAAAUAUAGAAGUCGUGUUGACUCCAGAAAUGAUCAAAGUGGAAUUUCCCAUGUUGAACUGCAAGGACAUCAGGAAGGAGAAAGAAGUGAAAGAUCAAGCACAACCAGCAGAGAAGGCAGGAGAGAAGGUGCUCGAGGAGAUGAAGAAUCUGCGGGGCAAAGCUCUCAACACAUACCUGAUUCUAGAAUGAAAGUCACCAGUAGGUCAGUCCCUUCCAUUUGCUUUCUGCAGGCCUCUGUGGCCCCUUGCGUCCAUUUACAUGGCAGUCAUCUCUGCAAUUAAAGUUUCUAGAGAAAACAAUGAAAUAUAGAGGAUGUAUAUAUCUUUUAAGUGAUCAUUAUAAAACUUAUAUUUAAAAAUAAAAUGGCGUUAGGAUGAUGA